UAAUGGCGAACACAACGAAGCUCGUGCUGCUCGUGGCAGGGUGGUACAUUGGUAACACCCUCUACAACAUCUACAACAAGAAGGCUUGCAACAACAUCCAUGCUCACUGGUCUGUUGCCUUCGCACAGCUUGUGGUGGGUGUGAUCUGGUGUGCUAUGUUGUGGAUUCCAGGAAUCAGAAAGGCUCCCAACCUGACUGCGGGUGACUGGUUGUCUCUCGCUCCUAUUGGACUCUUUGCCGCCGCUGCACAUGGCGGAUCCGUUCUUGCUAUGGGUGCUGGCGCCGUCAGCUUUGCCCAGAUUGUCAAGGCCUGCGAGCCUGUUUUUGCUGCCUUGAUUGGCAUUGUUGUUCCUCCCAUUGAGACCAAGCCCGCCUUGGCUUACAUGAUGCUCCUCGUCAUCGUCGGCGGUGUCGGACUUGCCUGCGUGAAGGAAGGAAAGGGUGUGGAGAUCAACGUGUUUGCCUUCGGUUGGGCUUCCUUCGCCAACUUGGCUGCUGCCUUGAAGGGCAAGCUCGGAAAGGAUCAGACGCACAAGCUCAAGGCCGACAAGUCCAAGAACAUGGAUGCUGCCAACACCUACGCUGUCAUGAACAUCCUCUCGGCGCUCUGGACCUUCAUUGCCGUUGCUUCCACGGAGCUCUCCACCAUCCAGGACACCUGGAACCACGCUGUGGCUGACGGUGCUGCUGCAUGCAAGAAGGACAUGAAUGGCAAGGGAUGCUUUGGAGCUUCGGACAUCAUCCUCAACAUCACCCUCUCCGGCGUCUUCUUCUAUCUCUACAACGAGCUUGCCUUUGCUUUCACUGCUGAGGUUGGAGCCGUCACCAGCUCGGUGUUGAACACUCUCAAGCGUGUCAUCAUCAUCGUUGUCACUGCUAUCAUCUUUGGAGAGGCUAUGGACCGCAACGCCAUGAUCGGAUCUGCCGUUGCCAUUGCUGGCACCAUGUUCUACUCCCUUGCGGAGUCCGCAGGAAAGCAGAAGAAGCAUUAAACUACUUUUCUCUUGAAUACAUUUAAAUCAAGGUG